CUCAUAGCAGCUUGGGACGGGUCUUUUAGUCUCCAGUCACUACUCUACGUCCACGGGCUUGAGAUAAUCUCAAUUCCACACAGCUGGCAAAUCACUGAUUUUUUCAUGACUCAAUUGGCUUAUUGAGGUAUCAGUCUUGGUACUAUCAUCAAGUCUCAAGGGCAUAACAACUACCCCUCAUUACAAAGCAAGAAAACGUGCCAGAGGAAGCAAUUGUCUCAGUAUAAAGUCUUCGCCGGAGGUUUCUUUGGCCAGGAAAAUCAAACAAUUACACAACUACACAUACAAUCUACAACUACAUAUAUAUAAAAAUGGGUUGGUGGCCGUUUUCCGCAGAUACCCGCCAGGAUGCCAUCCGCACCGGCACCGCCAUUCCGAACCGAGAGGAGCGCGCCCUUUGCUGGGCCGCUCGGGAUGCCUAUUUUCUGUGCCUAGACGCGAACAACAUCCUCGAUGCGAACAAGGAUGCCUCUGCGGCUGCUAAGGCGUGCCCCAAGCAGACUGCUGAGUUUGAGCGCGACUGCUCUGCCGCCUGGGUCAAGUACUUCAAGCAGUGGCGGGUCGCCGAUCUGCAGAAGAAGAGGAGGCUGGAAGAGCUGCGCAAGCAGGGCGCUGUCGAGAUGGAGGUUUCUUCAAGCUUUGCACCGGAGGGAGGUGCUGGAGCCAAGGGUGGCAAGGGAAAGGGCGAUAUCCAGGAUAUGCUGGAUCAGAAGAGAGGGAGGUAAAUGGAGGCAUGCAUGUAUGACUGCUGCGGCUGAGGUUUUGGGGCCUUGUGACGGUUAAGGUUCACAAGGAUGGAAUGAAAUGGAAUGAUGAUGUAUGUAUUAUAAAAGGGUGGGUGACUGUGUACAACAACAAACAGUAUUUGUAUAUUAUGAUGGAUGGGUAUUGGGGAUUUGGCAGGGCUCAAAAACGGACUCACCCUUCUCUUUUGAAAGUUUUGAAUAGAUUUGAACGAAUUCAGCUCAGAAACUUGGCGGCGCGCAGCUUAGUUGGCCCCAGCGGCAGUAUUCUUCAUACAUGCUUAAAAGGGACCAAAAAAAGGGUG